CUGGUGGGUGUGGGGGGUGGAGAUGUAGAAGAUGUGACGCCGCGGCCCGGCGGGUGCCAGAUUAGCGGACGCGGUGCCCGCGGUUGCAACGGGAUCCCGGGCGCUGCAGCUUGGGAGGCGGCUCUCCCCAGGCGGCGUCCGCGGAGACACCCAUCCGUGAACCCCAGGUCCCGGGCCGCCGGCUCGCCGCGCACCAGAGGCCGGCGGACAAAAGAGCGGCCGAGCGGCUCGAGGCUGGGGGACCACGGGCGCGGCCGCGCGCUGCCGGGCGGGAGGCUGGGGGGCCGGGGCCGGGGCCGUGCCCCGGAGCGGGUCGGAGGCCGGGGCCGGGGCCGGGGGACGGCGGCUCCCCGCGCGGCUCCAGCGGCUCGGGGAUCCCGGCCGGGCCCCGCAGGGACCAUGGCAGCCGGGAGCAUCACCACGCUGCCCGCCUUGCCCGAGGAUGGCGGCAGCGGCGCCUUCCCGCCCGGCCACUUCAAGGACCCCAAGCGGCUGUACUGCAAAAACGGGGGCUUCUUCCUGCGCAUCCACCCCGACGGCCGAGUUGACGGGGUCCGGGAGAAGAGCGACCCUCACAUCAAGCUACAACUUCAAGCAGAAGAGAGAGGAGUUGUGUCUAUCAAAGGAGUGUGUGCUAACCGUUACCUUGCUAUGAAGGAAGAUGGAAGAUUACUGGCUUCUAAAUGUGUUACGGAUGAGUGUUUCUUUUUUGAACGAUUGGAAUCUAAUAACUACAAUACUUACCGGUCAAGGAAAUACACCAGUUGGUAUGUGGCACUGAAACGAACUGGGCAGUAUAAACUUGGAUCCAAAACAGGACCUGGGCAGAAAGCUAUACUUUUUCUUCCAAUGUCUGCUAAGAGCUGA